AUGGCUCAUCAUUCGAGAAUUGCAGUCCCGCCUUCGGGCAGCAGAGUCCGGGCGGAACAUGUUGGACAGAGAGUCUCUUCUUCACCUUUUCAGCCUUCAAUGUGCACACUUGAGAGAAGUCCAGCUCGCAGCUUCAAAACCAAUGGCCGACGGUUUGCGUCUUCGCCGCCAGUGGUCCUUCCUCCAGCUCCACCAUCAUCACCUGCUACCUUCUUACAUGCGUCCACUAUGACGCCGGCUGCUGUAGCAGUGGACUGGCCAGCCCAGCAAGAGCUAUUAAGCUCACCGACCCGCUCCAGGACAUCAACAGCAUCGAGCAGAACAGUUAUUCCAGAUACGCCAAGGACACCUCCACCGCCGACGUCGUCCUCGACCACAACGGAUCACUCACCCUGUGCAUCUGAGAAUACUCUCAUUGGGCUGUACCGCUCCAGCACUGAAUCCGUUGGUCGAGAUUCUCUUUGCACUCCUCCACGGAGAGUCCUCCGCUACUCGGAGGACACGGCAUGCCAGUAUACCCCAAUUUCUAUAGGUGCUGGUGCUCUCUCACCAUACCAUCGGAAUUGCGCCACGGACAACUUAACACAGCUUCAGCAAGCGCGAACGCCGCCGCAUGAGUUUCGCGCAUAUGCAGAGGUCCCUCGUCACGCGUCUCCCCGGUCGCACAAGAAGAAAUCAGAUCCGCUAUCAGGAACGAAGCAGAUAAAGUCAGAUAAGCUUGAAAGACCAGACUUCCCUCCUCGAAAAGACUCUCUUCCAUCGCAAAUAUUCCCUCCAGAGCUAGCAGCUACCGAGCAAUGCUCAGCAGGUCCAAGGCUCACCGUCUGGCCGCAGCUGCCAAACUAUCCUGACCCACGACCAGCCCCGCUUCCCCCCCCAAACCCAAAUGAGCGGUCCUUUUUUGAAGAUGAUGUAUCUGUGCGCUGCUUUGGCGCGUCAGAUAGUAUGCGAAAGUUUAAGCGCUGUUUCAGCUCGCGUUCGAACAACGGCCAAGGGAAGAAGAAGACAUCGCGGACAUUCUCAACAGUCUUCUGCUGUGGCGAAGCAGAUGAAUGA